AUGCACUCUCCAAAGGAUUUAAAGGAUGCGGGUGUUACAAAUACGGAGUCAAAGUUCAAAAGGUUGUACUUGUGUUGGGGUCCAUUGAAGAAAGCUUUUAUGAAUGCUUUCAGGCCAGUCAUAGGAGUUGAUGGAUGCCAUUUGAAAGGGUCACAUGGUGGUAUUCUCUUGAGUGCUGUUGGGAUAGAUGCAAACAAUUGCAUAUUUCCAUUUUCCUAUGCAAUUGUUGAGAAAGAGAAGAAAAAAACAUGGUUGCGGUUUCUAGAGCUGCUAGGACAUGAUCUGAAUAUUGUAAACUCUCAUUGUUAUACCUUCAUGAGUGAUAAACAAAGGGGUUUGAUUAAUACAGUGGCUGAGUUGUUCCCAAAUGCUUCACACAAGUUUUGUGUGAGGCAUUUGUACAACAAUUUUAAGGGUGAACACAAGGGGUUGGUUUCAAAAGAUCUGUUGUGGAAGGCUGCAAGGGCAACAACUGUUCCUGUAUUUACCAGAGUGAUGGCAGAGAUUAAGGAAGUUGAUUCUAAGGCAUAUGAUUGGUUAGUUGAAAGACCACCAAUUCAAUGGAGUAGGAGCCACUUUAACACUUUUCCAAAGUGUGACCUUUUGCUAAACAAUCUAUGUGGAUGGAUUCCUAAAAGGAAUAGCAGUGAGCAAUUUGAGGUUAUAGGGCCAUAUGGUGAGCAAUACAAGCUGGACUUGCAAGCUUGGACUUAUGGCUGCAGGAAGUGGGAUUUGUCAAGCAUUCCAUGUGCCCAUGUUAUGGCUACUACAAAUUUCUUGGGCCAAGAACCAGAAAAAUAUGUUCAUCAGUAUUACAAGGUGGAGACUUAUCUGAAUAUCUAUGACAAUAUGUUGACUCCUAUUAAUGGUAGAGAAAUGUGGCCAAGAACUGAGUAUGCAAAGUUGUUGCCACCUGAUGUGAAAAAGAGAGCUGAGAGGCCUAAACAAAAUAAAGCAAAGGACACUGAGGCACCAAUUCAAGGCACAAAGCUAGGAAGGCAGGGCACUAAAAUGACCUGUAAUAAUUGUGGGAAGGUGGGACACAACAGGAGAAGUUGCAAGGUCAAGGGUAGAUUCAACUACAUGCAAGAAAGCCAAGCUCAGGGGAGCCAAACUGAACCAAGCCAACCUCAGAGCCAAUUAACUACAGAAACACUUGAUGUCAAGAGACACAUGAGACAGAAGAAACUGGCUGUUACAAGGAGAGUGGUACAAGGAAGUCAAUCAACUCCAUCUCCAACGAGUUCAACAAGCACACCAAAGGAAGGUCAAAUGAUGUGGAGAGGCAAGCUAGUGUACAAUGCUAGCGGCAUUAAAUCAACAUCCACUGGACAGAAAGAGGGAGUGCCCACUUGA